AUGGUGGGGGAGAUGCUGCCCCUCUGCGGAGGGGACGAGGCCACAGCGGAGCCUGGGGGGACCCCGUCCUGCGGCAUGACCUCUGCGGGGGCUGACCCUGCUCAGUGCCUGGACCCCGUCCCACAGCGCACUCAGCCCCCGCCACCCCUGCCAAAGCUGCCGGAGCAGGAUCAGGUGAAGGCAGAGAUGGAGACACUGGUGCGGGAGAAGGGGGUGAACUCCUUCCAGAUGUUCAUGACCUACAAGGACCUGUACAUGCUGCGGGACAGCGAGCUCUACCAGGUCUUCCGAGCGUGCCGCGACUUCGGUGCCAUCGCCCGCGUCCACGCUGAGAACGGCGAGCUGGUGGCUGAGGGAGCAAAGGAGGCACUGGACCUGGGCAUCACGGGGCCGGAGGGCAUUGAGAUCAGCCGGCCCGAAGAGCUGGAAGCCGAAGCCACGCAUCGCGUCAUCACCAUUGCCAACAGGACCCACUGCCCUGUCUACCUGGUGAAUGUCUCCAGCAUGUCCGCAGGGGACGUCAUCGCCGCUGCCAAGAUGCAAGGGAAGGUGGUGUACGCGGAGACAACUACGGCGCACGCCACGCUCACCGGGCUGCACUACUACCACCAGGACUGGUUCCACGCCGCCGCCUACGUCACUGUGCCGCCACUGCGCCUGGACACCAACACCUCCGCCUACCUCAUGAGUCUGCUUGCCAACGACACACUGAACAUCGUGGCCUCGGACCACCGGCACUUCAGCACCAAGCAGAAGGCCAUGGGCAAGGAGGACUUCACCAAGAUCCCCCACGGUGUCAGCGGGGUGCAGGACCGCAUGAACAUCAUCUGGGAGCGUGGCGUG